AUGGAGCAGAGCAGGGGAUUCACCAUCGGAGGCUGGGUAUCGGAUGGCAAGCGAAUUGGCAAGGGUGCCUUCGCCACCGUUUAUCUCGGCCACCACAAAGAUGACCCCUCCGAGCUCGUGGCGAUCAAAGUCGUGGACGUGGACCGGCUCACGCGUUCCAACCAAAAGCUCAAGCGGCACCUUGACUCGGAGAUCAGCAUCAUGAAAAGCCUCCAACACGACCACAUCGUCACUCUUCACGAGGUCUUUGUGGAAGCGGAGUAUAUUUAUUUGAUAUUGGAGUACUGCGUGGGUGGCGAUUUCUCGGACUACUUGAAGAAGCACAAACGGCUGAGCGAAGACACCGCUCGCUCCUUUCUCCGCCAGCUCGCAUCGGGACUCAAGUAUCUGCACAGCCGGAACAUUGUACAUAGGGACUUGAAGCCACAGAAUCUGCUCAUGGCCGCCAAGCCCGGUCGGCUCGGCGGCGACAACGGCGACGACAGCACCCGGUGGGAGCUCAAGAUCGCCGACUUUGGCUUCGCGCGGUUCAUGGAGCCGCAGUCGGUGGCCAGCACCCUGUGCGGCUCGCCUCUCUACAUGGCGCCCGAGGUGUUGCUGUGCCAGCCGUACGACGCCAAGGCGGACCUGUGGUCGGUCGGCGCCAUUCUCUUCGAGAUGCUCACCGGCAGCCCGCCUUUCAACGGGGUGUCGAGCGACUGCAUGGACCUGCUGCAGGCGCUGCUCAAGAAGAACAAGGAGGAGCGCAUCACGUGGCGCGAGUUCUUCAGCCAUCCGUUCAUCGUGCACGACACCGCCGCCUUGACCGCCUUCAAGACCUCGACCUCGCGGGCCAUUCCUAUUUCACACAGCGGGUCACAUGGCGGACACAGGAAGCGAAGCGCAACGAUCGGGAGCGCGCCUACGAAUGUGGGCUACAUUCUGCCGCCCUCGCCGCCGAUGGCCGUCGGCUCGCCCAUCUGCGCGUCGCUGCCGCCUCACCGCAUGGAAUCCAAUUUCAUAUCCCCGCCGCGGAGCAUGCCCCACGCCAUCCCCUCGACGAACCACUACUACCACCCGUCCUUCCUCACGCCCUCCUCGCUCCCGCACAACAUCUCCUCGUCCCCGCUCGAGCGCGGCGGCGGCGGUUUCCUGGUUGGCAGCGGUCACCCCGGCUACUCUUCGCCACCGCAGUUCGCCGCCUCGCCGCCCACCUUUACGGGCUCCCCAUCGUCUCCCGGCUCGGUCAUGCACAUACGAACAGCCGGCGCCGGCAGCGGCGACCUCAACUCGCCCCCCUAUCUCCGGAGUCCCAACUCCUCCGGCGGCUUCGGCGAAGGCUUCGGCUCAGGCUGGGGCUCGGGUCCACGCAAGCCGCUGACCAAUCCGUUCAAGGAAUCGUUUGACCUCUCCCCGUUCCCCUCCACCACCAUCGACCCCAAGGAAAAAGAGAGCGCUGGGUCGUCCGGCGCCGAUGACUCGUUCGAGCUGUUGGAGUCCGAGUCCUCGACGUCGAACUCCACCCAUACGACUCCCGAAGAGAGACGAAUAGUCGAUGCCCUGGAGCUGAUGGUGCGAAAGACGGCCGUUGUGACCGAGCUGGCCGACAGCAAGGUGGACGAGAGUCCGAUCGACGCGCUGGCGCUGUACAUAAAGGCUCUGCACAUCUACCACUCCAUCUCCCAGUAUGCCAAGAAGAAUGCCCAGUCGCAGAAUCUCACCGCCUCCAAGCGGCUCGGCUUGGUGGUGGAACGGAUGCGAAGCGAGUUCAAGGCGACACUCAAGAAGGCCGAGUACCUCAAGCGAAACCUGAAACCCAACGACUCGUGCCCACCGGCCGAGAAGUCCAUCUACGAGUCGGCCCUCCAGAUGGGACGAGACGGUGCUGUUGCCGAAGUGUUGCACAACUUCAGCAAGGCCGAAUCGCUCUACGUGCGAUCGUCGCAGCUGCUGCAGCUGCUCACCAUGGACGCCAGCCACCCAUCGGACAAGGCCGUUCUCGAAUCAUCUUAUCAGCUUACGACGUUCCAUGACUUGGCCAUGCCGGCAGAUAUCGCGUCGUUCGAGAAGCGGUUGGGCGAGGUGCGAAAGAGUCAGGCGAAGUUGGAUGACCACGUCGAGGACUCCCUAAACGUUGCCAACGAUUAG